AACGCCGACAAAUCAGCAUAUUUUCAAAUCAAAUAGUUCAAUCAAAUAACAAUGAGCUCCACCGACUAUAAAAAGCCGAGAAAAUUAGAUUUUCCACAAUGUGCCAAAGAUGCACUCACCCGUAUCGAGUGUUUGUGUACGAGUAAAAAGAAUCAAGAGCGUUGUCUUGAGCUCAUCGCCGAAUGUAUAUUUUUGGAGAAGAAAAUUGAUUCGUUGUCCAAAAAAACAAGCAAUAGCGUUGGCCUGACCGUAUUUCAAGAGUUUCAAUUGGUUUUAGUGUUUGCGCAAUAUUUUUCGAGACCGGGACCAGAUGUAACACGAAACGCUGUAUUUUUAUGUCUAUUUGGAAACACAUCUUUACCGCCGGCACGAUCAAGAGUUUUAAGUAAAUUCAUAAGUACAGCAAUCAGUGAUUCUAUCGCACCGAUUUUGUGUGCGGCAGGCACUUGGAUGCAACAAGUCGGACCAAAUGCAAUGGCAUGUCUGGAAUUGGCACAACGUCUCAUCGAAGACUUCAUUAUCUAUCAGAAAGCCUGCUGUGAUCAAUUGAAAUCAUUGCCAAUGGUAGCGCCGAGAUUUGCUGUGAAUUUUAUGACAUCCGUAGCAGAUCUAUAUUUCAAAGAAAUUGGCAAUGACAUUGCAACACCGCCAGAUACGCUAAUUGAAUUGUUUACCGAAUGGAUUUCGGAGAAUCCCGACUUAUGUUCGGAAACACAACUACCAUUAGAUUUGCCAUCCGGUGCAAUUCCAAUGGCACUCAUAUCACCAAUCGAAGGUCUCAUCAGAUGGUGUACAUUAUCGCCACUGUUUUUACCCUUGAAUGACCUUAUAUACAGUAAACUUCAUUUGGCUGUUCUACAAAGUUUGGCAUCACAAAAUAAUUCAACACCAACUACCAUCAAUGCGAUGACAUUGGGAACGAUUGUCGACUCAAUAUGCAAUCAAGCGGAGCGAUAUCGAAUGCAAAACAUAGACCCAAACACCGAUGAACGAAUGCAAAUUUGCUUGGAACGAUUUGCGCAAUCCAUUCAAUUAGGCAUAAUGUCACGUGUAAUAACAGGCAGUAUACCACAAUUAUUGCAUCGUUUAGAUACAUUACCUUCAAAUACACUGCUCGCAAUGGUCCUACAAAAUCAAAAGCCAACGUAUUUAUGAGACAGAGAAAAACCGGUUGUUUAAUUCCAUACAAUUUGUAAUAUGUACUUUAAUUCAUUAAAAAAAAGUGUGAAUAAUAAAAUUCAAUUUGACGUAAUAACAAGUAAA